AUUGUGAAAAUAUAUAUCUUAUAUAAUUUGCUGUUACUGGAAUAAUUUGUGCACGAAAAUAUUACUUAAAUCUCAACAAAAAUGGCGCAGAUUUUAAAACAUUCGGAAAUUCUGAGAGAAAUAAGGCGAAAUGAAAAUAUUGAAGAGGUGCAUGGAGAUAUUAUUAACCUUAUGGAUUGGUUGGCAAAAGCUCCAAAGUACACAAUAUUUAGAAUAAACAAAUUGAGAAAAUUUGACCCAGAAAUAAUUGAAGUAACUUUAAAGUUACAAUGUGAGGAUUUGGAAUUUUCAAGAAUACCAAAGUUUUACCUCUUGAAACCUGAUUGUUUGGUGUUGGAGCGUUGGCCUGAUGAUGAAAACAUGACCAUCCCAGAGACAGAAGUGAUAGUCGAUGCAUCUUGUGCUGCAGCAGUGCUAAGAGGUGCUCAUGUGUUUGCACCUGGAGUAAUGGGCUUACCAACAAAUUGUCAACUGGAUAGUUUUGUCUCAAUUUAUGGAGACUUAGAAGAAAAAUGCAAGAAGGGGUUGAAAGUGCAAUAUAAUGGCAGAAAAAUAUUUGUUGGUAUGGGCCAACUGAAAAUGUUGCGAAACCAAUUGUAUGGAGAGGAUUUAGAGCCAAGUGGCAUAGCAGUGCACACCAUCAUGCCUGCUUCUAGAUUGCCCGUAAUAAAUGAAACAAUGUACCCUAAAGGGGACAUUCUGCUACAGAAUUUACCGUCCAUAGUGUGUGGAUGGGUGGUUGAUUCUCAGCCAGGUGAGGCUAUCCUAGACAUGUGUGCUGCGCCGGGCAAUAAGACAACCCAUAUAGCAGAAAUGUCUAAUGACAAGGCAAUGAUCACAGCAAUAGAUAAAACUGUUAAAAAGGUAGAGAAGAUACAGGCAAAUGCAAUGGCUCAUGGAAUAAAAUGCAUCAAGUGCUACGCUUAUGAUUCUACAAAAUGCUGGUCAGAUGCUUCUACAGGAAUAAAUGUGGGGCCUCCUUUUCCAUCUAACAGUUUCGAUAAAGUUCUCUUGGACGCACCUUGUAGCGGUUUGGGUCAGCGUCCAUUGUUACUAAAUAAAAUGACGCCUAAGAUGCUUAAUUCUUACAAGUUUGUCCAAAGAAAAUUAAUGAAGUCCGCUGUAGCUGUAUUGAAAGUUGGGGGCAAGUUAAUUUAUAGUACUUGCACCAUCACCGAGGACGAGAACGAGGGUAUGGUGGCGUGGGCCCUGCAGGAGUUCCAGUGUCUGAGGCUGGUGGCUGCUGAGCCGCUGCUGGGCGGGCCCGGGUGGAGUGGGUGCGGACUCACAGAUGAACAAAGGGUGUUGGUUCAGAGGUUCGGCCCGGAAAUGGAUCCUCUACGACCUGUGGACGACUUAUACAGAGAUACUAUAGGAUUUUUUAUAGCUUGUUUUACAAAGAUCGAAAAUUAGGUUUAAGAAAUUAUGAGAUUUCAAGAAAUACUUUUGAAACUUACGACCUAUUUAUAUAUUAUUUUUGUGAAUUCGAGUAUCUUAUAUACAUACAACUAUUAUGCAUUUAGAAAAUUAUUUGUGGCACUUAAUAUCACAUGAUGUAUUCAUUAGUUAAUGUAGAAAGUGGCUAAUUGUAAAAUGGCAAGAAUCUGAUCAAUAUCUACGGACAUAAUUAUAUUAUCUACAUCUAAUGGUUAUGAUCUUACAUAAAAUAAUAAUUAGUGCUAAAUAAAACCGUAUCACAGAA